AUCGAUUGCUUAUGCCUGUUAUAUGAUUUUGUUGUGUUUUCUUCGGAAAACGCACUAUGGAGAGACAGAUAUUGGCUCAGACUUUGUGACUGCAGGGAUUAGUUAUUACUAAAGCUGUUUCCACACGGAUGUUUUUAUAAAGAGGGAUUUUAUGCAGUGUGGGACUUGAAAGAAAUAAACACAGUAGUUUGUUCUCCUGAGCUGAAAGCUACCCUCAGUGCAGGGGGCUUUCUCUGGCCAGGCCUGCUGCUGUCAUCUCUCAACUCUUCAUUUACAUUGUUUAUAGUGUUGUUGUUUUAUUAUAAUUAUCGUUGUAGAAGUGGCUGGAGAUGGAUACGGACAAGUUUAACUAUGUUUACAGUUGCGACCUGGACAUAAAUGUCCAACUGAAAAUAGGUAGUUUGGAAGGCAAGCGGGAACAGAAAAGCUACAAGGCUCUGCUUGAAGACCCCAUGCUGCGAUUCUCUGGCCUUUACCAGGAGAACUGCUCAGACCUGUACGUUACCUGCCAGGUGUUUGCAGAGGGGAAGCCCCUAGCGCUACCAGUUCGUACGUCCUAUAAAGCUUUCAGUACCCGCUGGAACUGGAACGAGUGGUUGAGGUUGCCAGUGAAGUAUCCUGACCUGCCACAAAAUGCUCAGGUAGCUCUGACUGUGUGGGACGUUUAUGGGCCAGGACGCGCCACUCCUGUAGGGGGCACCACAGUCUCCCUAUUUGGGAAAUACGGGAUGUUCCGGCAGGGCAUGCAUGAUCUGAAGGUGUGGCCGGGGGUGGAAGGUGAUGGCGGGGAGACCACAUCGACACCAGGCAGGACCAGCAGCACUCUGGCUGAGGAUCAGAUGGGCAGGCUGGCUAAGGGUCCUGACCUGGAGCUACUUAGUGAUCUGACGAAGGCUCAUCGUCAGGGGCACAUGGUGAAGGUGGACUGGCUGGACCGCUUGACCUUCAGAGAGAUUGAGAUGAUCAAUGAGAGUGAGAAACGUAGUUCCAACUUCAUGUACCUUAUGGUGGAAUUCCCUCGAGUCAAGACUGGAGAUCGAGAAUACAGCAUCGUUUACUAUGAAAAGGAUGGAGAUGAAGCGUCCACGCUACUGACCAGUUCAGACAUAGUUAAAGUCCCUGAUCCUCAAAUGUGCAUGGAGAAUCUGGUUGAGAGCAAACACCACAAGCUGGCUCGGAGUCUGCGGAGUGGACCGUCUGACCAUGACCUGAAGCCCAAUGCUGCUACGAGAGACCAGCUCAAUAUCAUCGUCAGUUAUCCUCCCACCAAGCAGCUGACCUCUGAGGAGCAGGACCUGGUGUGGAAGUUCAGAUAUUACCUCACCACUCAGGAAAAGGCCCUGACUAAGUUCCUGAAGUGUGUGAACUGGGCGUUGCCACAGGAGGCCAAGCAGGCGCUGGAGCUGCUGGGGAAGUGGAGACCCAUGGACGUGGAGGACUCACUGGAGCUGCUCUCGUCUCAAUUCACCAACCCCACAGUCAGACGCUACGCCGUGGCCCGUCUACAGCAGGCUGAUGACGAGGAUUUGUUGAUGUACUUGCUGCAGCUGGUUCAGGCUCUGAAGUAUGAGAACUUCAAUGAUAUCCAGUGUGGUCUGGAUCCUGGCAGUAAGCGGGACAGCCAGGGCCUGUGCGAGAGCACCACGCUGGGUGAUUUGGACAGCUCCCAGAUAACCUCGGCUGUUAUAGCAACCACCGGCACACAGAAAGGCAAAGAUGGAGCAGAUGGAGAAAAUCUGGAGCAAGACCUGUGUACUUUCCUCAUAUCGCGUGCCUGCAAGAACUCGACACUAGCCAACUACUUGUACUGGUAUGUAAUAGUGGAGUGUGAGGACCAGGACACACAGCAGAGAGACCCAAAGACUCAUGACAUGUAUCUGAAUGUAAUGAGGAGAUUCAGCCAAGCUUUGCUCAAGGGUGAUAAGAAUGUGAGAGUGAUGCGCUCUCUGCUCGCAGCACAGCAGACAUUUGUAGAUCGACUCGUGCAGCUCAUGAAGGCCGUUCAGAGAGAGAGCGGCAAUCGCAAGAAAAAGACAGAGAGGCUGCAGGCUCUGUUGGCUGAUAAUGAGAAGGUGAGUCUGUGUGAGAUCGAUCCCAUCCCUCUCCCUCUGGAGCCCCAGGUGCGCAUCAGAGGCAUUGUACCAGACACCGCCACGCUAUUCAAGAGUGCUCUGAUGCCAGCUAAACUGAUCUUUAAGACUGAAGAUAAUGAGCUUUAUCCUGUGAUCUUUAAACAUGGUGAUGACCUGCGACAAGAUCAACUCAUCCUACAGAUCAUCUCACUGAUGGACAAGCUGCUAAGGAAAGAAAAUUUGGACCUAAAGCUGAUGCCAUAUAAAGUGCUGGCCACCAGCACCAAACAUGGUUUUAUGCAGUUUGUACAAUCGGUUCCUGUGGCAGAAGUUCUGGCAACUGAAGGCAAUAUUCAGAGUUUCUUUAGGAAACAUGCCCCUAGUGAAAAAGGACCUUACGGCAUCAGCUCUGAGGUGAUGGACACCUACGUAAAGAGCUGUGCUGGCUACUGCGUCAUCACCUAUAUUCUUGGAGUUGGGGACAGACACCUGGACAACCUACUUCUCACCAAGACUGGAAAGUUGUUCCAUAUUGAUUUUGGCUACAUUCUGGGGCGGGACCCCAAACCACUGCCCCCUCCAAUGAAGCUGAGUAAGGAGAUGGUGGAGGGCAUGGGGGGCAUGCAGAGUGAACAGUACCAGGAGCUUAGGAAACAUUGUUACACAGCCUUCUUGCACCUGCGGAGAUAUUCCAACCUCAUUUUAAACCUGUUCUCCCUCAUGGUGGAUGCCAAUAUUCCUGACAUCGCGCUUGAGCCUGAUAAGACAGUGAAAAAGGUGCAGGAUAAAUUCAGAUUGGACCUGUCAGAUGAGGAGGCGGUACACUACAUGCAGAGUCUGAUAGAUGAGAGUGUGGGUGCUCUGUUCGCCGCUGUGGUGGAACAAAUACACAAGUUUGCCCAGUACUGGCGAAGGUGAAGAGACGCAUUGGAGCCUGAAACUUGCAGCUGGAUAGAUCUUGCCACAGUAAUUAAAGCAGGAUCGAACAAAUGAAAGUGGAAGACAGGAGAGACAGAAGGAUGCCAAGUGUGUAUGUGCACAGCAUCAUCUUGAGAGUUAUGUACUUAUAUUAGGAAGUAAAACACUAUUGGUGUUAUAACGUACUGUUAUACGAACAUAAUCAGUGACCGGGUGGGGAGAAGCAGCGUUAGUAUUAUGUUACCCCCCUGAAGUUGAUUAUUUACCUGUAACAGCAUGUCCUGAACUGUUUCAGUCCUCUUAUACUACAGCAAUUUGCCAAUGAUGUUUAAUAAACAUUUGUAGUUAA